AUGGGUAAACCACAUAUUCUAGUUGUACCUCUUCCAGCGCAAGGCCAUGUACUUCCUCUAAUGGAGCUGUCUCUAUGCUUAGCCAAACAAGGGUUGAGAGUCACAUUUGUGAACACAGAGUUCAUUCAUGAGAGGCUGGUGAAUGCAUUGAUGGAGAGGGAUAACUUAGGAGAUCAAUUCCGUCUGGUUUCGAUCCCAGAUGGAUUGACCGAUGCCGACAGAAUUAUUCCAGGGAAGUUAAGUGAAGCAAUCUGGGGGAUUAUGGGCGAGAAGCUGGAGGAGCUCAUUGGAAUGAUCAAAAGAGCUGGUGAUGACGUCUCUUGCGUGGUAGCCGAUCGGGGUGUGGGCAGUGCCCUGGAAGUUGCCGCAAAGAUGGGAAUUCGGCGAGCUGCUUUCUGUCCCAUAGCAGCCAUAUUCACGCCCUUGGUAUUUAGCAUUCCCAAGCUCAUUAAUGAUGGAAUCAUAGAUAACGAAGGAACUCCAAUAAAGGGCCAGGAGAUUCAAUAUUUGCCAACCAAUAUUCCUGCCAUUAAUACUAAAGACUUCCCGUGGGUUCGGAAUGGUAACUUAACCAUGCAGAAACUUAUGUUUAAACUUAUAGUGAGAAAUAACGAAGCUGUGAAAAAGGCAGACUGGCUGAUUUGCAACUCAGCUUAUGAUUUAGAGCCUGCAGCAUUUGCCUUGGCUCCGGAGAUCAUACCCGUAGGCCCACUCUUGGCACGCAAUCGGCUUGGUAAUUCGGCAGGAAGCUUGUGGCCAGAAGAUUCGACUUGUUUGAAAUGGCUAGAUCAACACCCACCCUGCUCUGUCAUAUAUGUUGCUUUUGGCAGUAUGACAAUUUUUAACGAGAAGCAGUUCAAGGAACUGGCACUGGGACUUGAACUCUCCAACAUGCCAUUUCUGUGGGUUGUGAGACCAAAUAGUAUUGACUGUACCAAGGUUGCCUACCCAGAGGGAUUUCAAGACAGAAUAGCCAACCGGAGGAAGAUUGUGGGCUGGGCUCCUCAGCAGAAAGUUCUGAGUCAUCCUUCUGUUGCUUGCUUCUUAAGCCACUGUGGUUGGAAUUCUACCAUAGAAGGUGUAAGCAAUGGGGUCUCUUUCUUGUGCUGGCCUUACUCAGUCGACCAGUUUCUUAACGAGAGAUACAUUUCUGAUGUUUGGAAGGUUGGAUUGGGGUUUAAUCCAGACGAGAGGGGGAUCAUCACGCGUGAGGAAAUUAAACAUAAGGUGGAGCAGCUGCUUGGUGACGAAAAUUUUAGGAUAAGGGCUUCAAAUCUGAAGGAAUCGGCCAUGAAUUGCGUGAGAGAAGGUGGCUCUUCCUAUAAUAAUUUCCAGCGUUUCAUUCAAUGGCUGAAGGCAUAA